AUGGAGCAGGAUGGCAGCAAGGACGAGGAGCAACCAGAGGAGUGGGACAGGCAGUUCGCUGCAGGGGUCAAGGUGAGGCAGUUCGCUGCAGGGGUCAAGGUGAGGCAGUUCGCUGCAGGGGUCAAGGUGAGGCAGUUCGCUGCAGGGGUCAAGGUGAGGCAGUUCGCUGCAGGGGUCAAGGUGAGGCAGUUCGCUGCAGGGGUCAAGGUGAGGCAGUUCGCUGCAGGGGUCAAGGUGAGGCAGUUCGCUGCAGGGGUCAAGGUGAGGCAGUUCGCUGCAGGGGUCAAGGUGAGGCAGUUCGCUGCAGGGGUCAAGGUGAGGCAGUUCGCUGCAGGGGUCAAGGUGAGGCAGUUCGCUGCAGGGGUCAAGGUGAGGCAGUUCGCUGCAGGGGUCAAGGUGAGGCAGUUCGCUGCAGGGGUCAAGGUGAGGCAGUUCGCUGCAGGGGUCAAGGUGAGGCAGUUCGCUGCAGGGGUCAAGGUGAGGCAGUUCGCUGCAGGGGUCAAGGUGAGGCAGUUCGCUGCAGGGGUCAAGGUGAGGCAGUUCGCUGCAGGGGUCAAGGUGAGGCAGUUCGCUGCAGGGGUCAAGGUGAGGCAGUUCGCUGCAGGGGUCAAGGUGAGGCAGUUCGCUGCAGGGGUCAAGGUGAGGCAGUUCGCUGCAGGGGUCAAGGUGAGGCAGUUCGCUGCAGGGGUCAAGGUCAUAGCGUUGAUUGGUGUGCCUCAGGGCGUGCUUCAGAUUGCCGCCUGCACGCCGAUCAAGCCGACCAAUGAGAUGAUUGCAAAGCUUCGAACCAAGUUCGACGAGCUUCGGAAGCCCCCCCGAGUCACCCCCAUUCCGAACCUGCAAGCUGCCCUUCCAAACCAGUCCCUCCUUCCAAGCCAAUCCACACCUCCCCCAAAUACCACCUCCCAUAACCCCUGCCGCCCAACUGCUCCUGGCCAAUCACAACCAAGCACAACCAAGUCAGCAAACAUUUCACCAGAAGACCUUAUUCUCUUGAAAAAACUUUUGGGCAGCUCUGGAGAAAAUCUCACUGCUGCCCAGGCGUCUCAGCUCUUGACCCAGCUUGCAUUGCUAUCUGGGAAAACACCUGACGCACAGGAAGCACCGACCGGGGGACAAGGGAAGGCCAAGGGAGGGCUGGACUGGGCAGGCUUAGCCGGGGGAGGCGGAUUGAGUGCGUCGCCAGGUGCUUUGCAGAGGGAGAAUUGGGAAGCGGGGAACGGGAUAGGUGCCAGUGGGCCUAGUGGGACGGGGCUAGGGUUUGCAGGUAAAACUGGGGAGGGGAGAGGGAAGGGUGCAUGCAGUGGUGGUGAUGAGGCAGCAGAGGAAGGCACAGGGGAGUGGCGGCCGGGGGAGAAUGUGAUGAUGGAGAGUGUGGGGGAUGGGGCAGGGCAGGACGUGUAUGAGCUUUCGUCAGGGCCAGGGGGAACGGAUAUGUCGGUAUGUGGAGGUGAAGGGGACGCCGGGGAAGGAGGGGCUGCUAGUGGUGCUACUGGUGGUGGUACUGGUGAUGCCUCUACUGGUGGUGCUUCUACUCUUUGCGGGUCCCCCAGGGGUGCGGGCGUGGGGCGGGGGAGGGAGAUGGCAGGAGGGGGGAUAGGAGGCGGAAUGGGAGGCGGUAUAGGGGGAACAAGGCUGGCAGGAGGAGCAGGGAUGGAAGGUGGGGGGGCUUGUGCAGGGGCAGGGGGGAUGGCAACAGGGGAAGCAGCGAUGGUGCAUGAUGCUGCGUUUGCUCAGUCGAACCAGGGAGCAGUUGAAGGGGCGGGGAUAGGAGAGAGACGAGGAGACGGGUGGGGAGAUGGAAGGAGGGCGGAAGGGGGUGCAGGAGUGGGAGGGGAGGUGGGGGUGGAUGAGAUGGAAUGGCUGCUGCAGGAGAUGAUAAUGAUGCAUGGCAGUGGUGAUGGUAGCGCCGCCACUGCUGAUGGCAAUGCUGCUGCAACUGAUGGCACCUCUGUUGCGGCUAAUGCAUAUGCUGCUGCUCUUGACACGUGCGGCUUGGCUGAUGGGGACGCUUGCUUGGAUGGCGGGCUAGACGUGCUUAUAGAGGGCGGUGCAGCCAGCGAUCUCCAAAUGGCUGCCCCUGACGGCGUGGAAGGGUUGAUGGGGGCGGGGAUUGGGAUGGGAGGAGAGGAGGAGUUAGGAGAAGAGUGGGCGAUGUUCUUAGAUGUGAUGGAUGUACCACCAAUACUGGAUGAUCUGGAUGAGGUGAUGGGCUCCACUAUUGCAUGA